UAGAAUACCGUUAAUAUCCUAUACAAAAGCUUAUCAUAGGAAGCAAAUUAUAUAUCUAGGAAAAAAGUAGUUUGGCCAAACCUAAUCACAGAAAAUACCUUUUCACCUUCAUGAAUAUUCAAAUAUGCGUACACGUAUAAAGAAAACUAUUUUCCUUAAUUCUGAUAAAUUCUUUUGUAUUUUACAAACAUAUUUUUAAGUCACUACUUUCUGUAAAGUUUGUGUUCUGCAUUAAAAUCCCUUAUUCGAAAAUAUCAAAGUGUUUUAAUAUAUUUGAAAAGUAUUAAUAAUUAUGUCCAGAAAUACACAAUUUAUUUUAGUCCUAUUAUUAAUAGUUAUAGUAGGAAGUGUAGUUUUACCAGAUAAAUCAACAAACUCUAAAAGCAAUAGGCAUCACAAUGGACGAAAAUCUCCACAUUAUAAACAACAAUCUCCAAAUUGCGAUUUGGUGUGUCCUGGACAGCCGCCGCUGCCGCUGCCGCCAAAUUUCUUACACAAUUGUACUCCGAUACAUAACACAACUACACAGCGGCCUGCUACACCCUUUAAUGUUACCAGUCCAAAACCAUACAAUACUACAACAAACACUACAGAGGAAUCGUCUGAAGAAGAAGAAGAUACAGAUACAACAACUAAAGUAAAUCCAGCAAAUGUUACCCAGAGUCGUAAUGCACAUCAACAGCAUCACAGACAGAAUAAAAAUCACAAGCAACAUCAAAUCAAAAAGCAUAUAAGAAAAGAGAAAGUUUUGCUAAAUAGGAAGGCAAAAUCAAAAUUAUUAAAACAUAAACAUAUGCAGAAAAGAACUCGGCUGGAUGGUUGUUAUGUGAUCUGUCCAGAAGGUAAUGAGAAACCAGUAAACCCUGGAACAGGUCCAUCGUUGCCGAAUAAUCCGCCACCAGAAGAACCCGACUCUGAAGAAGAUUCCGAUGACGAGAAUUAUGUUCAAGGCGAAGAUACGCCGAUUGAAAUCAUCUACGUACCUCAAAGAAAAGAAAAUAACAUCAGACCAGUGGAUAUCUAUCAAACUAAUAAUUACGUCAAUGAAAUGUGGGAACCCCCACUUGCAAUUCCCUAUGGUUCCGAUCCUGUAUUUCUGGAGGAUAAAAAAAAGAAAAUGAAACGAAAAAAACAUGGUGACAAAAAACAUGAAGAAAAGAAAAACAUAUAAUUGCAUAGAUAGUAAUAGGUUUGCAUAGUGUGUAUAGCAAAAGAAUUUCUGACUUAUAAUCUAUCGCCAGAC